UGCGGGCGGCAGAGGAGGGAGAAACCGACUGAAGGAGCCAGAGACGUCAUCGUCCAGCCAGAAGAAAUUUCACUUCUGGCUUCCAGCUGCAAGAACAGAAUUUUGCAUUUAACUGAAGGAGUGAGUUAAAGUUGUUUUUUUUAAUAUCGAGAUACAAGAAAGGGGAUUAUUUUUGAGGUCAAGGGCUAGGACAAACAUCUCUGAAGAGAUUUGAUUAUAUUUGCACCUGGAGGUCCUGCUUACAGGACACUGAAUACUGAAGAUCUCCUGUGCUGGUAGGAUCCACAGCGCUUUUCCCAGGAAAGAAGACCCUGAUCCUACAGGACUGAGCACUAUUCCUGCUUGUCCGGCUGUGUCCAGGAUGAAGUACUACUACCAGUGCCCCAGCUCACAGUACAGCCGUGCUGUUCCUGUGAAGCCUGUGCGCACCGUGCGAUUCCCCAACGACAUCGUGUUCCAGGACCACAUCCGGCAGGGAGACCUGGAGCAGAUCGGCCGGUUCAUUCGUGCCCGGAAAGUCCAGCUGGACACCAUCUACCUCUCUGGAAUGGCAGCGCUGCACGAGGCUGUCCUGGCGGGGAACCUGGAGUGCGUGAAGCUGCUGGUGAAAUACGGUGCCGACAUCCACCAGCGGGACGAGGAGGGCUGGACCCCACUGCACAUCGCCUGCAGCGACGGGCACCCCCACAUCGCCCGGUACCUGCUGUCUUUGGGCGCCAGUGUGGAGGCGGUGAAUGAGAAUGGUGAGAAGCCUGCUGAUCUCAUUGACCCCGACUGCAAGGAGCUGGUCACAGUCUUCAAGGGGAUGGGCGUGGCCUGAACCUUGAGCUGUGAUUGGACUGCACUGCUUCUCCUUGGCUGUCUUUCGCCACGGUGAUGGAAUUGAUGGAGCUGCGGAACGUCCUUGCGCUGCCUUCACCCCGCUUCCCUAUUGGAGGAUUUGCAGGGGGGAGGUGGCCUUCUCCUAUUGGUUGCCUCGCAGGGGGGAAGGCGGGAAACUAACUUUGUUGUGAUAGGCUGACUCUCUUGUCUGUCACAGUGUGUGUGACUUGGUUGCUGGCUGCAAAUGCAAAAGGAAAGAACUGCUUUGUGCCUUUUCCUUAAUUCAUAUUAGAAUUUUGAAAGAAAUGGAUUAUGAGUAUAUUACAGUGAUGCUCAUGCUGUAGCCAACUGUUUCUAUUUGCUCAAUGAACAAUUUAAUUCCACUGGCUGUGCUAAACACUUUGCUGGACUCAGAACCUCAGCUGUAUCGUUCUCUACCCAGAAUCCGGAAUCAGAACCUCAGCUGUGUCGUUUUCUACCCAGAAUCCGGACUUUUGAUGCAGCUGUGCUCCUUGAUCGCUCAGCCCUGGAGAUGCUUGUCAUGUGAUAAUAAGACUGAAGGAAUAUCUGCUGUGUGCAGCAGGCGCCCCCUGCUGGCUCCUUCACGUAUUGCUCUCUUCAAGGCCUUUCCCAUUACUUUAUUAGCACUGCUCAACACACAGACACGUGCCACCCUCUCCUUCUGCAAGGCAUUACUGGCAGAGGCUGGCUGGCUUUGUCAUCGUCACGGCCAGUGAGCGAUUGCACAGCAGCACGCCUGCACAAGCGCACAAGCGCACGACAGCGUGACAGCACUGUGGCGCGAGAGGAGGACCUGCAGCCCGUGCAGCAUGACGCAGACUUGGGGAGAAACGUUCAAAGCGGAAUAAAGGAAAGUCCUCAAAAGAAGUCUGUGGGGCCAACUUGGGCCUCUUACAAGAAGCCUGCGCUGGACGAUGGGUCAUCCUGCCUCGGUGUUAUGUGAUGCACGCCGCUCCACGAAUCCAGAGCACAGUGCCCUGCACCCCACGGGGACCCCCCCACAGGGACCCCCCCAUAGGACCCCACCGCCUGCAGCCCUGUGUCCAGCUGCUGCUCUCCGAGGAGCAGUGUGCCUCCACUCCGCCAGACAGAGACUCCUUCCGGGCCUGGAUCUGCGUGUUUGGGUGCUGCUGUUGUGCUGCUGUUGUGCUGCGUUGUGCUGUUCAGCAGUGAUAUCUCAUGACGGUUGUGUUGUUUCUCCAUUCCAGCCUGCUGUCCAAGUGAACUGUGUGACAUAUCCUGAAAUUACAAACGUCCUCUGUCAAAGUCUUAAUUUUUAUUGAGAACUUCUGUUUAAAAAAAUAAAGUUGUUUUUUAUUACUAGAAUUUAAAUGAA